UCAGAUGAGAGCGCUGUGUCAGACAAAAGAAACCAACAAACAAGCGGAUUCAAAAGAAUAAGUCGCCGGACACAGCUUUGAUUCACCCUAAAGGAACAAAGCGACAAUUUGGUACAGUACAGUUCCACUAUUUUGGAAGUAUUACCUUAAUUUUUUUGAUAAGUUUGAUCUGCGUAAUAAUAAUAGCCUACAGUGGGACUUGUUGCUGAAAAGGGAAACAUUAGGACACUGGAGAUUUGGGCUCAAGUCAACAUCUUUCCAGCGCACAAGUAUAGGCCUGUUUGACUGUCUAUUUGAAAUAUGUCCACAAUAAUGGAACAGCCUUUUUAUGACGACUCGUUUCUCUCUGCUUAUGGCCAUUCAGGCGCUGCCCUGUCAGACUACAAGCUGCUAAAGCAGAACAUGAACUUGAACUUCUCCGACUCAUUUCGGAACUCGAACCACAAGUCACAGCAACACCUGCCCGCCGACACCGACUUGUAUUCAGCAGGGACGGCGGACGCGGGCUCACUGAAGCUUGCCUCUCCAGAAUUGGAGCGACUGAUCAUCCAGAACAGUAACGGUAUCAUCACUACAACGCCGACCCCUCCCCAGUACCUCUACAACCGGGGAAUUACAGAGGAGCAAGAGGGUUUUGCUAACGGUUUCGUUAAAGCACUGGACGAUCUCCACAAGAUGAACCAGAUGGCUCCACCGAACGUGUCCAUCGGUGCAGGUGGCGUUGCGUGCUCCGCACCCACCUCAGUGUUUGGUUCCUCCAUGCAGGCGGAGCCCCUCGAGUACACUACCUUGAGCAACUGCACGCCGAACUCUAACCUGUCAUCUGCAGGCAGUUACCCCUCCACCACCAUCAGCUACCUGCCCCACCAUCAGUACCACCAGCAUCCCCAAGCCCUUGCGCAUGGCUCCCACCACUUCCAGCACCCGCUGGUCGGAGCAGGUCUCCAUGCCCAACGCUAUGGCGUGCUGAAAGAGGAACCUCAAACAGUUCCCGACAUGCAAAGCAGCGACAGCGGCUCUCCGCCGAUGUCCCCCAUCGACAUGGAGAACCAGGAGCGCAUCAAAGCGGAGCGUAAGCGGCUGAGGAACCGGCUCGCCGCCACCAAGUGUCGGAAGCGCAAGCUGGAACGUAUUGCUCGUCUGGAGGAUAAGGUGAAGGUGCUGAAGAACGAUAACGCGGGACUGUCCAACACCGCGUCGUUACUGCGGGAACAGGUGGCUCAGCUCAAACAAAAAGUCAUGACACAUGUCAGCAGUGGCUGUCAACUUAUACUGGUUCCUAAGGUCAAGUAUUGACGGGAAAAGUGCACUUUAAAAACACUGGACAAUGCGUGAAGAACCUGUCAAAAAGAAAAAAAUUGCACUGACAAUAUAGCAGUUCAUUGACGAACGAUGGGCCACAUUUUCAUGUUGGAAAUAGCAGUGUUGGCUAAAUUGUUUAACUGAUGAGUUUCAAUAGGGGUUUCUUUAACUAAAAUUCAAGGGACGCUGACAUCAAUACUGUCGAAGACUGAAACACAGGGCAUUUUGAACAAGUUUUGAAAAGUGUCGUCCCUUUGGCUUUGCCUGUUUACAUUUUACUUUGACAACUGCCGUUUGUGAUGCAUUCCACUGUAAGUUAUUUGUGUUUAUCAGGCUGAGCCCGAUAAGCCCAUGUCUUUUUUUUACUUGUACAGUAUAUAUUUAAGUAAAUACGAUGAA